GAAGCCACUAACCGGAAGUCCAUCUCGCCGAGCUUCACAUGUCACCAUGUCGGCGCUGCGGGCGCGAGCCUUCCCGGUGCUGCUUGGGGCAUUGGUGCUUCCAAGCGUAGGUGGCUUGCGGCCUGCCUUCGAGGAUCAUGUGGGCACCAGAGUGGAAACGGAGCAGCGAUUCGAGAUGGUGAAGUCCUUGAUGCAGACCUACUCCUCUCAGGGACGUUUACUGGAUCGGCAGCGCGUGAAUCGCUCCAGUGUUUCGUUGGACUUUGAAAUCGAGUUGAAAGGAAGUCGAUUGGUGAUGACCCCCCAGCUGGUGCUCCUGCGCGGAGGAGUUCAGCCCAAGCGUCCGCUGUUCCCCCAGACGUCCAAGUGGUUCCAAGUGGGCUUGGAUGGCGGCAUCUACCUGCACGGUCAGGAGAGACGCCGCACACCUGCGCAUGAGCGGUGGAAGCAAAGCGCCAGCGCCCUCAUCGAGCUGCAAACUGAGACCAUCGCGCCCGCGGAAAUCGAAGAUCUUUUGCCCGAUCUGCAACGCUGGCUGCGGAAGGUGAACGCUUGUGGAUCUCAGCGUCGCUGCUUGCUGCCUCGUCCAACGUCCACGGCGGCCUCUUCGACGGUCGCGCCCGCGGUGCACUUCACGCAGAGGCGAUCGGUGGAGUCUUGGAAUGCUCCAGAGACGGUGCAGUUCACCAUUGGCCUGGACUUGUCAAAGGUCUUCCGCUGGUUGAAGUUAUCGCCUUUCCACCAACGUAGCGGCAUCUUGGAGAAGGUGGCCCGAGUCUGCAAGGGUCAGAGUGAUGUCUAUGGCUCACUGGUGGCUUUAGCCGCGACCACACUGGAGCAAGCCAAGAGAUAUGACUCCGGUCACCGCUGCGACCAUCCGAAAGCGCUGAUGCAGCCCUAUCUGGUGCGAAGCCACUGGGGAGAUAUGCUCACCGUGCUCUCGCCCACAGAAAGGGAGCGCUUCGCGUCGGAUGUCUUGAAGGUCGUUGCACAGCAAGGCAUCCCACUGGAAGCUGAUGCUCCGCUGUGGAAGCAGAACUUCUAUGACUACCUGAAGUUCCCAGAGACCUUGGAGCUGUCACGCUUGGUCGCCUGCCGUGCGGCCGCACUGCCGGAAGGUUCCACCCAAAUCGCCCAGGAGAUGCCGACCUCCUUCGAGGGUUUGAGGUCAAUGGCACGAAAGGUGCUUCUGCAGCGUCGGCGCGUGGACCGGCGCGUGUCGUCGCGCUCCUGCGGCUUCCAUGGCCGCACCACUGGCGCCCGGUUCACGGCGAGAAAGUGGCUGGAGGCGGCACUCCAGGGGCAGGACUUGAUGUCCGACCACGACUCAGAGGCUAGCACCAAGGGAUCCUUGAGUGGAAUGGUCUGGAAGUCCAUGGGCCACUGGCGGAUGGAGACAGAUCCCUCGAAGCCCAACUACCGCGUGGUCUUCCUGGAGUGUCGAGGCAAAGUUCGAAAACGACCUUGUCUGGACGUGAAAGGCAAGCGGUGGAGCGUCUCCUCCUAUCUGAAGCACGUGGCGCAUGUAGCCCAGCAAUUCGAUCAGCCCAGUGACGCCGUUGGGCGAGAUGUCUCGCCUUGAACCGGGUCCUUCGAUCCAAACGGAAGAAGUCUAACUGGUUGGGUUGGCAGAAAG